AUGGAGGGAUCAGAGCAAGCUGCUCGAGUGGCACCACCGGCGCAGAGGGUACGAACAGGCUGUUUAACAUGUCGGAAACGCCACCUGAAAUGCGACGAGGCUAAGCCCACGUGCGAGAACUGCCGAAAGGGCAGGCGUGAAUGUAAGCGAGGGCUCAGGCUCACUUUUACGAAUGUCUUCGUCCUCAGUGAAGGGCUUCUUCCUUGGGUUCUUGGCACACUUGUGGAUUUCGUGGACGAGUCUAAGUCUAUCGCCGCGGAGUAUGAAAAGGGCUUCCUCAAGAAACCUACCCGGGCAGCUGUGUCCAAGGCCGAACGACCACUCCCCAAGAAGAAGGAACCCACCCAACAAUGUCAGGCUCGCCGCCCAAAAGGUGCUGUGUACCAGCGAAUCCUCCCCGCACCGAAGACUACCCCGGUUGGAGAUGGCGAGAUAGGCUGCGAGGAGCCAUACAAGGAUAUGAGGAGAUCUCAAAAGAUCUCAACGCGCCAGUAUAAGAAAUUGUUGCCGGGGGUUCAGCCCCAGCAGUCGAGUGGGAUGAACCAAUUCCAACUGUCCGCCCCUAUGCCGGGGCAGACAAUGGCACAGGCCGGGUCGCUGAUGACCACCAAAGGCGAGCGAGCCCCCCAGAAUUACGCUCAGGGGGGUGAUUUUGGCCCCUUGUCUAUCCUACGACAUGCGUCGCUGGUCUCUGACGGCUUCUCAAGGGAUACAAUAGAUGAGUUCUGGCAUCCACAAGCCCUGUUCGACAAUACGCAGGCGGAAGAGUACCUCAGCAGCGAACAUCAGAUAUGCUUCACGCAAGAGUUCGUCGAGUCGAUUGGCAAGUGGAUAGACUGCUUUGACGGCCAGUCGGAGUUCAGCCACUCUCUGCCAUUCAGGGCUCUUGACUGUCCUAUGCUGCUGAAUGCUAUGUACGCAUGUGGUGCAAGGCGUAAACUAGGCGAGGUGAAGAAAGGCCAAUAUGAUUGGUCCUGUUUCUACUACAGCACGGCUACCACCAAGCUCUUGCAUGCCUUGUCACGCCCUGAUACAGACAUGGCAAACUGUGCGAUAACCUCGGUCAUACUCCACGUCUACGAGAUCAUGGCAGAUAGAAUCCAUGCACGAGCACACCACAGCAAAGGGUCCCGGGCAAUCAUCAACUUUUGCCACUGGAAUGCCAGCAGCGGCGGUAUCGCAAGCGCCAGCUUCUGGCUGAGUGUCGGCAUGGAGACACUGAACUGCCUCACCUCGCACUCCCAGGUCACAUGGGACCCAAGAAACUGGGGCUUUACGUUGACUUUCCCAGCCGAGCAGUCUACAGACACCAGCCCGGCCGAGGAGGCGGUGUGGCUGCACCGCGUCCUGUACAUUGCUGCCAUGACCGUCAACUUUCGAGCGCGCGGCUUCCACGUCGACCCCAACAAUGAGAUGGUGCAGAUGGGGGAACGACUGCCGCAGUGGCAGGAGUUGAAGACUCUGUGCGACUCCUGGAGUGAUUUGUGCCCUAGGUCAAUGGCUCCGAUAGGGUACACCGAUCCCAAACCAGGAACGUCCGUUUUCCCCUACAUUUGGCUGAUCCACCCUUCUGCCGUGAUGGCCCGUCUCUUCUAUCACGUCAUCCAGUACUUGCUUGCGGAGAUCAACCCGGUCAUGCCGAUUGAGUCUUCGUCUGGCAUGCGCGACGUGCGACUGCACCACGCGCGCCAGGUUUGCGGGAUUGCCGUGAGAUGCAAGGAGCACAUCGUGCCGGGGAUUCUCAUCCAGUCUCUGGCCCUGGUUGGGGUCUGUCUUGUCAGGGAAGAUGAAAGAAAUGAGGCGAUGAGCCUUUUGGAGGCGAUACGUCAGAGGAGCGGCUGGGGCAUCAAGCAGGCCGAGAUGAGGCUGAAGCUCGUCUGGGGGUGGGGGUCGGUCUUCAACGUGCCCCCGCCUGUCAAGAAGGAGCCCCCAAGCCCGGCCAGGCCUCCCCGUGGGCCUCAUCUGCUUCUUGGGCGUGGGAUAUAA